AAUGGCAUAUAUUAAUUAUGAUGACGUCAAGAUAAAAAAUGAAUUUGAGAAGUUUUUUAAUAGAAAAAGUAUUGCAGAACAAUGUACGAAAGAAUCAUUGACACGUUUAUACAAACAAUUUUUAAUAACGAAAAAUGAAGAAAUGGAUAAGUCACAGUUAAACAAUGCUUUUGUAUCUAUCUUAAAUAUAAAAUUAUCUUCUGAAGCUUUUAAUAUCUUAUUUAGAAAGAUAAAUAUUAAAAAUGAUGGAUACGUAACGUGGAAUGAAUUGAUUUCAUAUUUAUUAAUGGAAUUUCAAUUGAUAGAUGUAUCGAUACAACAUCAAAUGUUACAGCUUCCAGUUACAGGUACACCUGUAAUAUUAAGAGCACAUCAUCGUACGCCAAUUUGUAGAAUUGCUUUUUAUCCUGAAUUACUUCCAGAUCGAAGUAGAAGUUUUCAAAGAGGGUGUUAUCUGACUAUUAGCAGAGAUGGAGUCAUUAAUUAUUGGUCAUUAGAUUUUAAAUAUGAACGCAGUGUACAAUCUACUAAUCCAUUUUUGAAGAUACAACAAACAGCAAUAACCGACAUGAUAUUAAUGCCAGAUGUACAAAUAAUUUGUGUCAGUUCUACAGAACGUGAUUUAAGAUUUUACGAUGUUGUUGCAAAGAAAUUUGAAUUACGUGUUAUGAUAUCAAGUUUGGAUCAUGUUGUCUCGUGUAUGUCAUAUUACUUCAGUUCUAAAAUAAAUGAAAAUUCUUAUAUUAUUUUGGGAGAUAAAAGUGGAUCCAUUAUAAUUAUGACUUUUUCAUCUAUAGAAAAAGGACCUUUCAAACAACAGCCUGAAUAUAAUACAUUGUUCAUUCGUUAUGAAGCAGUUAUCAGAGAUGAGUUACCUGGUCUUAAAGUUACUGUAAUAAAACUUGUACAUACAAAUUGGGUAAAUCAAGUAGCUUAUUAUGGAAGUCUUCGUGCUUUCAUGUCUAGCAGCAGAUGUUCAGAAUGUUCAUUAUUAUUUAGCGAUCCAACGAGAAUAAGAAUUCAUUAUAAAUUUACCAUAGAACGUGGAAUAUCUUGUUUUAAUUUUUGCGAAGAAAGUCAAAUACUUGUAACUGGUGGACCCGAUUGUAUCGUUCGUGUUUGGAAUCCUUUUGUACCAAAAAAAGCGAGCAAUACUUUUCAAGGACAUAAAGCAACUAUUUGUGCUAUAAUUAUAGAAAAUGUAGGUCAGCGUAUAUUUUCUUUAUCAAAAGAUAGAUGUAUCAAAGUUUGGGAUGUACCUUCUCAUACCUGUAUACAGACGUACAAUGGUUUACAAUUUAAAUUAAAUGAACAUAUUAAAGUAUCUGUAAUUUAUAAUGAUUUAACACAUAAAAUGAUAAUAGCUGGUAUGGUAAUUGCCAUAGUUGUUUGUGGACAAGUGAUCAAUAAAGAAACAUCAGAUGGUAUUACUCAUACAAAACCAAUUAGCUCUGUACUUUAUAAUCAUUUAUAUAAAGUAAUUGUUUCUACAGGAUUAGAUUCGUGUAUUAUUGUAUGGGAUCCUUGGCUAGGUCGUCGUUUGUAUUUAGUUACCAAUGCUCAUAGUAUUUUAUUAUAUGGACAAUAUGUUAACAUUGAAAUUACUGCUGCUACCUUUGAUGAUUCUGAACAAUUGUUGAUAACUGGUGCUAGAAAUGGUUCAUUGAAAAUUUGGAAUUUUAAUACUGGAACGUGUUUACGAAAUAUGGCAAUAGAAGAUCAAUGUGAGAUAACAAGUUUAAGUUGGGUUGAGAAUCGUGUUUUAUGUACCGGAUGGAAUCGACGUGUUACAGAAUUUACAAUUUCUGAACUUGAUACCUAUAAAAAAAGUUGGGAAUUGAUACACACGGAUGACAUAUUAUUCUCGGCUGUAAGAUAUCCACAAGUUUUAACUACAGCUUCAUACAAUGGUGAAAUCAUAUUUUGGCAACUUGAAACAGGUCAACCGUACAGAAGAUAUCAAGUGAGUAAUGCAACUGGAAGGUUUGAUAUUAAAUAUAAAAGUUAUCUUAAAGAAGAUACUAAACAGUCUUCAUCGAUAAAAGAAAUCCAAUUGGAGAAAGAAAGUUUAAAUGAAGGAUAUUUAAAUACAAAUCAAUCUGGGAAUAAAAUGAAUAUUUCUUCACAUCAAGAAUCAGCGAUAAAUAUAACAAGAUCAGUGACUGUCACUGCUAUUAUAUAUUUAAAUUCAAGACCAAUACAUUCAAAUAUCGGUACAUUACUAGUCUCACUUGAAUCUGGAAUCAUUCAAGUAUGGAGUCAUCAUCCAUCUGGAGGAUUUUUAGGAGGUUUUUCAGUUAUUCAUGCAAGAAGAGACUCAGCUAUUUCAUUAGCUACCGAUCCUGAAAAUCAUUACUUGAUAACAGGUCAUUGUCUCGGUUAUAUAAAAGUUUGGUAUAUUGCAAAUUACAUGAUACCUAAUCCUCCUAAGUUAUGUAUGCCAUUAUUGAGAUUAGAAUUUCCAUUUCUUUGGAGAGAUCAAAUAAAUGGUCGUGCUAAACGUGCUGUAAAAGAUCAACCGUUACCACUUUUAUUAUCGUCUCAUCGUGGUCAUACAAAACCAAUUACAUGUCUUCAAUUAAUUCCUAACGCACGUAUUAUUAUUAGUGGAAGUUUAGAUCAUACGGUACGUUUAUGGACUUUAGGAGGACGUUACAUAUCAACUUUGGGAACUUUUAAAGAAUGGAUGCCAAUUUUACCUAAUAUACCUGCAUAUCAAUAUUUUCAACACUUUAGAUAUCCCAUGGAUAUCAAAAGAUCAGCUAGUUUUACUACCAUGAAAGUUCUUCAAGGAGGCUUAGGCUCAGUUGAAGCUAAAGAUAUUGACGAAAGUGAUUAUUUCAAAGAAAUACCUGAAGAAGGUAGAUUAAUGUUGUAUGGAGUACAAUUGCAAAGUCCAUUUCUUGGUAAUUAUUUCAAAGUAUACGACAAAACGAGACAUUACAUUGAACCAAUCAUAUUGGAUAAUUCUUUGACGCAUAUACCGGUGUAUACGCAUCUAACGACACAUGAUUUAAAUCACGUUGAAUCUAAAUUAUCUUUAAUUGUACAUGACAAAAAGGAAUUGCAUUGAAACGACGUCUAUAUAUAUAUAUAUAUAUAUAUACAUAUAUAUAUAUAAUCAU